AUGCCUAGUAUCUCGACGCCUGUGGCGGUGGCCGCGUGCGUGGCUAUGGCACUAUUCUACGUCUUGAUCCUUUACGCUCCCACCGUGAUUCUACGCCUGCCCUCGGCUUCUUCUUUCUCUGACUUCAUGAUUCGGCGAUUCAUUUGCGCGGCCAUCUCUACGAUCGCGUCUCUCAUCUUCACAGCUUUCCUACUCCCUGUAAAAAGCUGGGAGGCCUCUCUUGUUCUUGGAGUAUUUGGCAUAAGGACAGAUCAUCUGUGGCAAGGAAUGUUGUAUCCUCUUCUGUUGACCUCGCUCAUUUAUGCCGGAUCUUUGGUCUCCAACAUGUUAUUGCUCCUGGAAUCAUGGCGGGAAAAUGGUGGAGGAGGUAGCUCUUUGGAUUACAUCAAAAGCUUUGUCCAAACAGCUCCUGCUUGGGCACCAUUAACUGAGGAGCUUGUUUUCAGAGCCUGCAUGAUACCUUUGCUUCUCUGUGCUGGAUUUAGGAUAUACAGCGCGAUAUUUCUCUGCCCGAUCCUCUUUAGCUUGGCUCACUUGAACCAUUUUAGAGAAAUGUACAUCAGGCAUAACCGCAGCUACAUCAAGGCUUUACUGGUUGUUGGUCUUCAGCUUGGAUACACAGUCGUUUUUGGUUCAUAUGCAUCGUUUCUCUUCAUCAGAACAGGACAUCUCACUGCGCCUUUGCUUGCUCAUAUAUUCUGCAAUUACAUGGGGUUGCCUUUGUUAUACGCACGGGGAAAAGAUACAGAAGUUAACGGCGUAUUAGUUUAG